GCAGACAUCGACCAUUCCUCAAGCAGGCUACAUUGAAAAAUGCAGAAUCUGACCGACCUUCCAGGCAAUGCCACCAACUCACAGAAGAGCCUAUCUGUGAUAAUCAAGGUGUGUGUGGUGAUCCCCUUCUUCUGCAUCUUCCUCUACUGCAUCGUGGUCAUGCUGCACACGUUCGCCUCCCACAGACAUUUCCUGGACAACUCCCGCUACAUCCUGUUUGCCUACAUGCUGAUCAACGACACUCUCCAGCUCCUCUCCUCUGUCCUGCUCUUCCUCUUCGUCAUGGGCAAUGUGAAGUUUGCCAUCGUCUACUGUGCACCUCUACUCUUCUUCUCCACCUCCACCUUCCAGAACACCCCUCUGAUCCUGGCAGCUAUGUCCCUGGAGCGCUAUGUGGCCAUCUUCUACCCUCUGCAGCGCCCGGCUGCCUGGCGCGCUGACCGUAUCUGGAUAAUCAUCCUGAGCCUGUGGCUGGUCAGCUGCAUCCUGCCCAUUGUGGACUUCUCUCUGGGAGAGCCUCAGCCUGGCAUGAACGUCCUCUCCACCCCGGUGCUCUGCAAAACCACGGUCCUCAACGCAUCCCCCGUCCAGACACUGUUCAAGGUGUCGCUCAACGGUCUGUUCUUCGCUGUGGUGGCAGCCAUCAUCAUGUUCACCUACAUGAGGAUCCUGCUGGAGACCAGGAAGAUGCGUCAGGACCGGGCGUCGGUGGGCAAGGCCAUGCACACAGUGCUGCUCCACGGUUUUCAGCUGCUGCUGUGCAUGAUCGCCUUCACCCACCCGGUCACAGAGAGCCACAUCACUAUGCAGGCCGGCUGGCUGCAAGAGCACAUCUCCUUCUUCAACUACUUCUGCUUCAUCCUACUGCCGCGCUUCCUCAGCCCGCUCAUCUACGGCCUGAGAGAUGAGUCCCUAAAGGGCUACAUGAGGAGAGCUGUCUGGUGCUGCUCACACCGACACAGGAUCAGCCCCAGAGCCCUGGCCACCAAGCCCAGGGUCAAAUGAACUGGUCCUGAAGCGGAGCCACUUGUCAAAUCAAUGUACAGACUAGUAGCCUGUAUAUGUUAGUUCAUUAAAAGAGUAUAACCUUG